AUGGCGGCAGGACGCAGAAGAAAAGGGAGCCUCCUUUCCAGAGCUCCACACAAGGAGACCCAGAGACCUAGCGCAUACCAGCGAGGAGUGGAGAAGCGGGAGCAUCCUCGUGAGGCAGAGCAGGACUCCGGGCGAGGAGGCAGGACUCUGGGCGAGGAAGAGCAGCCGGCAAGGACAGGGAGGAGGCCGAGCGGGGCAGAGGCACGUCGACGCGGCCACGCAAAGAUGCCAGGCCACAGGGACGCAGGCGCAGUAACGUCACAACGCCGCGCAACGCGGAGGCGUGGCGAAGCGACCCACCCGGAACUAGGAAAGAGCCGGAAGAGAAGAGCCAAAGGAAAGCAGAGAGAUCGGAGGAGCGGAGAAGAGAAAGAGGAACAGAAGAAGACCGAGAGAGAGAGACUGAGACUGUAA